GAAACUCGAAACCAGGCCAUUCUCGUUCCUUCUUCUCUCUCUCUCUCACAUUCUUCAUUCAUUCAAUCGUCUUCCAAGAGGCAUUGGCACAAUACGAUAUGCAGAGGGGAAGAGAAGGUGAAGAUAGUUUCUUUCACCCGGAUGACCUAUUGGGUGGUUUCCAGGGCUUUGGAUCCCGUAGAAGUAUGACGCCGAGCCUUUUUGGAAAUAGGGAUCCGUUUGAUGAUCCCUUUUUCACUCGCCCCUUUGGAAGUUUGUUUGAUUCUGGCAUGUUUGGUUCAAGUGAUCCAGCCAUUGGCAAAGAUCAGAUCAGUAGAGCCAAGGGAAUAACAAUAGAAGAAUUAAACUCUGAUGAUGAGGGACAAAAUGAGGAAGAUGCAGGCACUGGGGCUGAGAAAGAUGAUCGUCAAAAGCAUUCUUGGUCAGGCAUAGAACCUUCUGUUGAGCUUCCAGAUGAUGAUGAUGAUGUUGAUGAGACAAAGAGCAAGAGUGUGACGUCUUGGAAUGACCAUAACAAGGUUGAAGGAGCACGUUCCCAAUCCAGCAAGGUCAGCAUGCAGACUCGUAGAGUCACAUAUGGUGGCGUUGAUGGAGCAUAUUACUCUUCUACAAGAACUACACGGACAGGUGGUGAUGGGGUGGUGGUUGAGGAAACCAAGGAAGCAGAUAGAACAACAGGUCAAGCUUCACACAGGAUCUCUAGAGGAAUUCAUGAUAAGGGUCACUCAGUUACAAAGAAGCUUAAUUCAGAUGGUAAGGUGGAUACGUUGCAAACUUUACACAAUUUGAAUGAAGACGAGCUUGCUGGUUUUGAAGAAGCAUGGAAAGGUAAUGUUAAGGGGCAUUUGCCUGGCUGGGAACAUGGAUUUCAUAUGCAUGGCAAUGCAGGUUCUAGUAGCCGCGAACAGGGGAAAGAUAUUUGGGGAGGUUGGGCCCUCCCAUCUAUGGAACAGCCCUGGAAAGCCGAAGGAAUGGGAUCGAACAAUGAAGCCAGAAGCAAUUCUUCUGCAGGGAGAACAAAAAAAGUUGUCAGAAUCAAUAUAGAGUAAAUUGCUUUACUAGGUAAUGUUGGCUUAGUUUCACAUAUACAUACCUACAAAACCGAGAGCUAGGACUUUGUGCUGACCACCCCCAAGUGUUUCUGAAUGUUACCUGUGUUACUGUGUUAGCGAUGAUGUGUUUGGGUAAGAAUAGCCGUCUCUAAAAGUUGUUGGUCAAUUUACCUUUGUGACAAGAUUUAUAUUGAAGUUCUAAAAUAUUCAUUGUGAAAUUGUUACUGUUUAAGUACAUGCUUGCGUUCAUGCAAAGAACAAUCUUUCUUUUUGUUUUGA